CAUGCCAGCACUCGACCGACGAGUCCUCGCGUGCACCGACGGUUAAGACAAAUACUUUGUUUGGAACGCUUUAAUGAAACACAUAUUUGGAGGUCUUUUCUGUGGAACUGCUUCUAUGUGUAUGUAAUUUUCCGCGUUAACUGGUAGCAUCCUCGGUUGCGCUAUUAGCCGAUGAGCAAAAUUGAACAAUUUUAUCAGUGGAAAUUAAUAAUUUAGUUCGGAACACAUGUCUCCGACGGAGAAGUCGAAAAACAAAUCGAAGAAACAAAGACCGAAACUGGACUGGAGAUUCGUCCAGAGGUUCUACAGCAUCCUGACGGUUCUGUUUCCCUCAUGGUCCAGUCAGAGUGUCCUGAUGUUUGCCACUCUGCUUGGCGUCACGUUGACAGAGCAGCUGAUCAUCUACCAAGUUGGUAUCCUUCCCAGUCACUUCUACAACGUUCUGGCUGACAAAGAUUACUCUGGCUUCAGGACGCUGGUGGGCAAAGCCAUGGUGCUGAUAGUGAUAAACUCGACUUUAAAAAGCAUCGACCAGUACAUCUGCAACCUGAUGUAUUUGAACUGGAGAAAGACGCUGACCGAGAGCCUUCACAGCUCCUACUUCCAGGGCAGAGUCUACUACACACUCAACGUGCUCAGAGAGGACAUAGAUAACCCGGAUCAGAGGAUCAGUCAGGAUGGCGAGCGCUUGUGUAAGCAGAUGAGCAGCAUGGCCAGUCGCCUGAUCGUAUCGCCGUUCACACUUGCGUACUACACAUACCACUGUUUUCUCAGCACGGGCUGGAUCGGACCCGUCAGCAUCUUUGCCUACUUCGUGGUCGGGACUGUGGCCAAUAAAAUUCUGAUGGGCCCGAUUAUCUCCACUCUGUUUGAGCAGGAAAAGCUGGAGGGAGACUUCAGAUUUAAGCACAUGCAGAUCCGUGUCAAUGCUGAGUCAGCAGCUUUUUACAGAGCUGGUAAAGUGGAACACAUGCGGACCGAUCGCAGACUGCAGACGCUGCUGCAAACCCAGAAGAGUCUGAUUCACAAAGAGCUCUGGCUCUACAUUGGGGUGAACACCUUCGACUACCUGGGCGGCUUCCUCAGCUACAUCAUCAUCGCUAUUCCGAUCUUCAGCGGGAUCUACGAUGGGCUGACUCCGGGCGAGCUCAGCGCGCUCAUAAGCAGGAACGCCUUUGUUUGCAUCUACCUGAUAAAUGGCUUCACACAGCUAAUAGACCUGUCAACCACUCUGUCAGAUGUCGCGGGAUACACCCACAGGGUCGGGGAGCUCAGGGAGGUGAUGGAUGACAUCUCACGCACGCAGUGCGACUACGACCCGGCGUCGGGGGAAAGCUACGACUUUGACAGCGACUUCAAUGUUCACGGGGGACCUCUGGACACGGCCUUCAUCCUGGACCACCUCACCUUCAAGUCCCCAUAUUCGGACCAGUUGCUAGUGGAGGAUUUGAGCCUGAAGAUCACAGAGAACACGCACCUGCUGGUGGUGGGGAACACAGGGACCGGAAAGACUUCGCUGCUGAGAGUCCUCAACAGACUCUGGGAGGCACAAAGUGGUUUUGUCCAAAUGACGACAUGUUUCGGGCCAAGAGGGACUCUCUUCCUGCCGCAAAAACCUUACCUCACAGACGGAACACUGCGUGAGCAGGUCAUCUACCCUCUGAAGGAUAUUUACCCAGAGUCAGGGUCUGUGGACGACGAUCGGAUUGUCAAGUUCCUGGAGCUGGCAGGGGUGUCCGGUCUACUGGAGCGAACUGGUGGCCUGGAUGAAAAAGUAGAUUGGAACUGGUACGAUGCUCUGUCUCCGGGUGAAAUGCAGCGUCUUUGCUUCGCUCGACUUUUUUAUUUGCAGCCCAAAUAUGCAGUACUGGAUGAGGCCACUAGUGCUCUGUCUGAGGAGGCGGAAGCGCAGCUGUACUGGACCUGUAAGCAGCUGGGAAUGACACUGGUCAGUGUGGGACAUCGGAGCAGCCUGGAGAAGUAUCACGACAUGCAGCUGAAGCUCUGCGGCGGAGGCAGAUGGGAGCUGACACACUUAAAGGCAGGAAGUGGAGGCACAGAUUUUUAAAGAAGGUCAAGUGGUUGGACGUGAAGAAAGAACACGCUCCUUCAUUCUCCGCAGUAGCUUCAAUCAGGUACUGAAGUCUGACGUCUACUGUAAAAGUGUGGUUUGGGAGCACGAGGGCUCCACUUUGUGGGAAGAAGCUACACUUAUCAUGGAUUCAUAAUGUUGUGAUGAGCAGCUGUGGUGUUCAACAAUCAAACGGUGUUUCACCUUUUACACAAACCACUAAGUUUACGAUUAAAACGUUUUUG